AUGUAUGGUGUCUCGCAAUUUUUUUUUGUUUAUCAGUUGUUGAUUUAGGGGCGACUACGAUGGUAGAAGUGAAUGUCUGCACCUACUUCAAGAGAGGAAGCGUGUAUACGUAGAUACUUUAGAUAGGUAUCGAGAUCUCCCCAGUGUUGAACUACCAACCUUUCCCAAGAUAAGAACAUAAGAAUAAAGAACUUCUUUGUUGUGGAAGAUCCAACAGUCCAGAAGCUGUUGACCAGUACACUGCCACAACUAUGUUAGUGAAAGACACAUGAAUUCACACCAUUUUGAAAGAAGCCCUUCACUGUUUUAAUUUUUAAGACAUGGACAAUGAAUUUUCAUCACUUAAUUACAUCAAGCAAAGGCAGUUAUUGAUUCUUAGAACUAGUGGAUUAAUUAAUCAAAAAUAUUUUGGAUUUAUGGGAAAAUGAUUUUGUCAUUAAGCAGUUCUGAAUGUGCAUAAAAGUUCAGAGAUUGUUGGUGAAAAGUGAGACAAUUGAAAUUGGCAGAAGUGGAGUACAGUAUUUGGAUCAUAAAGGUCAUUACAGAGAAAAGCUGGGUGUCAUGAAAUAUUGAGUCUCGGAUUCAUCUAGAUAGUUUAUACAAAAAACUUUAAGUAAUAUAUCUGAUGUUUCAACAAGAAAUGGUGAUGAAGCCAAAGUAGAGAAUUAACACUAAUAAAGGAUGUGGAAAGUCCAUUAGCCAAGGUGUAGAAAUGGAACAAGGAAAAAAUAUAGAUCAAAUUAGCAGAGAAGAAGGAAAAGAAGACAUGGGACCAAUAGGAGAAGAAAACAAAUAUACAAAGAAUGGAAAGGAAAAUAACAAAAUUCAGAAUGACGAGCCAGAUGCAGUAGGAGCUAACGUUGAUCAUGGAAAGGAGAAGGAUUUUAAUGUCAAAGAUAGAGAAAAAGAGGAACACGGAACAGCUGACCAAAAAGAUAAUAAUGAUCUUUUUGGUGGAGGGUCAAAAGAGAAAUUGUUACAUCAAGAAAAGGAUAAUAUAAUUAUGCAGGUAGGGAAAUGUCAGGAAAAACUUGAUCAGAAGAGUGAAGAAGAAAAAUUAGAGUGUGAUAAUCACUCUGGUAAAGAAAGUAAGGCAGACAGAAAUCAAGAGGACAAUAUCACAGUACAGACCACCAUCACUGGUGAAGCAAAAGGCACUCAUAAAGAAUGUGAGGGAGCUACAGGAGAGGAAAUGGUAGGGCAUCAAAAUGAGUGCCAAAUGAAUGUAGACCAGGGCAUCAAGCAUGAAAAGAUUACAAAACCUCUACCUCAGCAUGCAGAAGUGUUAGAGCAGGAUAGAGAAGAUGGGCUAAGAAGGAAGAAGGAAGAUGCAAAGGAAAAACCUAUGAACCAGGAGGGCAUGCAGUGCAGUACAAAGAAUAUGACGGACUUGAAUCAUGAAGCAGGAGAGCAGGAAGAUGGAGAAAACAAAAUAAAGGUCCAAACAGACCUACAAGAGGAAAAUGUACGGGAGAAGUCAAGGAAUUGCAAUCUAGAAAUUAUUGCAGAGAAUCUGGAAAAUGCAGAGAUGAAGAGACAGAAAAGCAUAGAUGACAUGGAAAGUCAAGGCAGUGUAAUAGAACUGGAGAACCAAACAUUUGUUUUAAUGGAAGUGGAAAAUGAACAAAAUGAAAACAGUGUAGAGACUCUAAAAAGCACAGGACAAGAUGUAGAGGAUCAGGAAGAAUUGGGAGAGAAAAUGGAGCAUCAGGAACAGGAGAAUUUAGAAGUCCAACCUUUCACAAAUUUGGAGCAAAUGUACAUAGAAGAAGGAACAGAGAAAAACAAAAAUGUGGAACAAAACAUGGAAAGCCAGAAUGAUCCUUGGAAUAAACAAUGCAUGAAAAAAGAGUUAGAGCUGAAAAAAGAUAUAGCCAAAGGCUUAAAAUGUACACAGGAGGGUGCUCUAGAAUGUAAACAUGUAUUUAUGUAUAGCAAAGAUGCAGAACAGGAUGUAGAUAACAAGGGGAAACAAAAGGUAAAGUACACCAAAAGUGGUUUGGAGAAGUGUAUUGAUGAAGAAAGUGAAGUUGAAACAAACCAAGAACAAUAUGGCCAACUGGACAAACAUUUACAUGCAGAUUCUGACCUGACGGAAAGCCAAGAGGAUACUCAGCACCCUUGUGAUGAGGGUAAGAAGUCCCCAGUUCUUGGUAGAAGGUGUGUUAAAAUAUUCUUUACCUCCAACAAAGAAGGAUAUAAAGGAUCAGAUAGUCUUAAUGGGAAAAAGAGUGAACUUGCUAAUGUCAAAAUUGGAGAGGGUUCUGUCAGUAGAGAAAUGAGUCAGAAUAAUACAGAUAGUGUAGAAGGGAGAUCUGUUGUUGCAAUAUGUCUAGAGGAUAAGAAUUUGGUGGAGUCCACUAGCAAAGAUGAUACAAAGCUUUGUGGUCCCAUUGUUCGUCAGUUCAAGUACCAACCUGGUCAUGGUACAGAAGAAAGUAUAGGAUAUCAAUAUCCAAAACAUGAAAGUGUGACCCAUGCAGUUGUUAACACUGCAAACAUUAAGACAAAGAAUAUCAUUGUUACUUCUUCAGAAAGACAAAGUACCAAUACGGGGUCUUCUGCAUGUCCAUUGCAUGGAAAUCCUCCCAGAGUCUCUCAAGACAAAAUUGGGACAAGUGAGAAAAUUGUCGAAUGCAUAGAUUUGCUUAGUGAUGAUGAUGAAGAAGACAAUAAUGCUACCUUGAAAAGUGCCACUGGAUCAAAGCCACUACAAUGUAUGCCUGAAACAAUUGUUCCCAAAGUUUGUGGAAAGUGCCAGGGCAUUUGGAAUAACAAUGUUUUAAGUGCAAUUUUCUUGGGCACAGAGUCUGUUACUGUCAACUCAAAGAUAACUUAUGGAGCCAUCAUAUGUAUCAACAAUUGGGCUGAUUCACACUAUUUAAGUGGAAAGGAAACUGCUGUGAGGAGCUUACUUGACCGGGCAGAUCUAGGAAAAAAUAUUGGAUCUUUAAAAAUAAGUGAAGUUAAUCAUUGGCUUGGGAGCCUCAUGAAAGCUGGCAAGGUAAAAUGCUGUGAUGUUUUUGAAGCUUUUUAUAAGCCAGAAGCCAAUUAUAAAUUGGUAGCAUCCUUGCCAGAUACGGAUGUAAUUACAAAUGAAGCUACAGAAAAUACAAGAAUGGUUACUCCUGUAGAUAACAGAACAAAUGCAUCCAAUGUCCAGAUGAGAGAUAAUGAUAUUGCAGCAGUGAGUAAAAACCAACAAAAAAAGAAGCUUAGUCAGUCUCCAAAGAACAUCUCAUCAUCAUUAAAGGAUCCUUCACCAUCAGGUUCAGGGCAUAUUGUUGUGUCACACAAUGACUCAGAUUCAACUUCAGAGAAAAUCCGACUGUCUGGGGCUUGGGAUACACCCAUGUUUGAUGGGACUGCAAUAUUGGUUGACAAAGAACAAAAAGAUUUAGCAUUAUGCUCAGACACACAAAAGAUGGCUAGUUCUGGAAAUGCUGAAGAAAGUGCUUCAAAAAAUGGGAAAGUAAUGAAUAAUGAGAAAUCUGAAACAAAUCAAAUUGUUCAAUCUGUUUCUGAUAUAGGAAAAUCAUCUUGUUCAAAGCUGUCUGCACAAUCUUCUAACUCUAAGACAAUGCCCGUGCUCACUUCUGAGGAUGAAGCUUUACCGAUUUCUAAAAAGGUUGUGUCAUCAGAUUCUAAAAAAAGAAUAUCAGAUGUAUUAACAGCAGAUUCUCCAACUGCUUUAAGAAAUAAUAAAUCACCAGGCUCGAAGAAGAUGAAGUCAACUGUUUCAAAGAACACUUCUCCAGCUGUGUAUGACAAAACCACUUUGUCUUCUACAGAGAAAACUGUAGCUUCUACUUCAGAGUCUAAUGAGACAUCAUCUAGCAUGACUUCUAGUGACUUAGACACUGGUACUAAAGAUGUAGUUGCUCAAGAAAUCUUGGAUGUAUCUGCAGCAUCAUCUACAUUACAUCCCGUCUCUACAGUCAGAACAAAUCUUGCUUUAUCGCCUAGUAUAAGUACUCCUAAUUCCUUUAGUCAAGAAUUGAAUUCAACUUCAGGUGAGCAGAAAAGUUCCACACCAAAAGUCAGACCUAAAGUCUUGAGGUCUAAGAAGAGGCAAAAUGUGGAAGUCUCAGCUAGAAAAGGAAGCUCUUUACUUUCAUCUCCACAUCCACUACCUUCACAGGAUGCUACGGUUACAUCUUCAGAUAUGUCUUCACAGCAGAGUAAAUGUGAUCCCACAGUUUCAAAAUCAGUUGUAGACACCUUAACAAGGAAGAGCUUAAGAGCAUCUUAUAAGAAGGUAGCUAACACAGAAGCAGACACUCUCACUUCUCAGACAAUUCCGAUAGUCAGUUCUACUCAAGAAGCGAGUUCAGGCAAAACUUCACCAGUUCAAUCAGAACAUGAGUCAGAACAUGAGCCAAUAUUCAAUAAAGAACAGCCAUGUUCACAGGAGCAACAGGAAAUAAGUAAUACUUGUUCAAUACAAAAUUCUUUCAAGACAUCUGUUCACCAUGCUGAUGAAAACUCAAUAUCUUCAGAUUCUGAUGCUGGUGGGGAUGAGGAUAAUGUUUCUUUUAGUAGUGAAGACAAUUCUAAUUCCACUUUAUGUUCAGUUCUAGGUUUGAAUGUCAGCACUUUAGAUACAUACAGUUCUAGCACAGAUAUGAAAACUAUGACCAAUGGAGUUAUGUCUAAAAAUCCUUCAAAGAAAUACAAGUUCAGCUUUUCUCAUUAUGCUAUGCUUAAGGAGAGAUCAGCUUUGAGUGGGUUAGCCAGGGAAGCCUUUGAUCUCAUGCCAUUUGAGUCGGACAACUGCUGCCCACUAACCCAUAGUACUGUAGGCCGGGUACGCUUUUUGACAAACAGGGAGCUGUUAACACUGCAGAGCAUUUGCAUAUUACAUCCUGAGAACCCAGAUGUUGAAUUGUUUUUCCGGAUUUUGGUCCAGAUACUUUUGACAAGAAACAGGGUUUUGUUGGUACCGAAUAGUCUCACUCUUCUCCUUAUAGCGGAGAAUUUACGACGAGAAUUUAAUCGAGCUAAAAGUAAAGGAACACAUGCAGCGUUUCUGUCUCAAGACUGGGAUAUCAGUAAUGUUUACACAGCAGAAGACUUGUGGCUUUCCAAGCUUGAACACAUUAAUGAACCUACAAUACGUAAUGUCCUUUCUGUGUUUUGUUUGUGGAAAAAUCUUGACAAACACAUUCCUAAUAUAUCAUUGCCUGAAGCCUUGCAAGAUCUGUGUAAAAAUAUUAAUCUUGCUGCUACUGACAAAACAAAAUUGUGCAUAAAAUUAUAUGCAAGAUUUUGCAGAUAUUUGUAUGAAGAGAAAAACAGCACUUUGGCAGAAUUCUUUCUUAACCAGCCAUUCACGGGUGGCAACACUCCCACAUCAAGAAACGUAUUAAUUAACACCAUGGUCUCUAGACUGUCUUCUGAUGUAUUGAGCUUAUCAUCGGCUGGCAGUUUGGAAAUUGAAGAAAAAGAGGUCCAAAGUGCAUUACAAAAAUGUUUAACAUCUGAAAAGGCAGUUCUUAGCUCUUAUAAUGCCCGAAAAGAGGAAGAGCUUCGUCUUAAUGUUGCCAUGUUUAAAGAGAAGUUUGACAGAUACAAAGAGGUAAAUAAUCUGCUGGUAAAAAGAAUACAAGUUGUUGAAAAGGAAAAACAAGAGCUUCUCUCCAAGAUUGUUCACUCCAAGUCAAAAAAACUAGUCAAGGAAUUCAGUCAAACUCUGACAGCAAUCCACCAAUCACUUGCCAAGCGAAAAAGAGACAGUUGCAUGGAUACAGAAAAGAGCAGAAAGGCAUUGAAACAGGAUAACUCCACAGGCAUUCAUUCCUCUGUUGAAAGCUGUUCCAGGUUUAGUAAUGCAGCUGUUAACAUAGAUUUAGGAGAAGAUGUUCCCCAGGUAAUUAGGGAAGGCAUCUAUGAACUUCUGGCAAACGAAGUGGAUGUGAAACAGGUGCGGGCAGUGAUCCACACUAUCAUGGACAAAGUGGUUGGUGAAGAGGCUGUCAGGUUACCUAGUGAUUCAUGGAUUAGAAAUUUUGCUCGUCUUAAUGGUUUUAUAAUGAAAUCAAAAUGAAACUUAUACUGUAUAAUGCUUCUUUUAUUAAGAAGUUGUGAAAUACUCUAAAUAUUUAUACACUAGUAGUUGCUGAAUAUACGGUACUACUGUAGACAGUUAAAAUAUAGCAUACAGUAUAGUCAAGAUGAUACUGCAUACACUAGUAAACAAAAAUAUUUUACUUGGAUUUUAUAGAGUUCAAAUUUGUAUUGAUAUGCAACUGUAUAUUAUUAAUAACAGUUUCAUACUAAAAUAUUACAAAGACAAAUAAUACCUCAUUGUUAUAUAUUGCAGUGUAACUUUGACUUGCAUAUAUGUAAAUAUUGAACUUGAAUUUUGGUCAUGGUAAUGAGAAUUCGAGUACAGCUUACUGUACAUUUAUAUGAGAGGAAGUGGGAGGUCACAGAAAUAUUGUAUACAAUAAGUGCAAUCUGAGAGCAAUAUUUGAUAUACUGUAGUUUGAGAGAAAGCGGUGAUUUGUAUGUAUAAUAUUGUACCUGUACUGUCCAACACAUUUAAAGUGUUAGUGCCGCAUUAAAACAACAAAAUGGUUUGAUACGACUUUAUAUUUUUAAUUCUGCUGGUUAUUUCUUCCCAGGGCCUUGAAAGUAACAAAAAUAGAAAAUUAUUCCUGAUGUUAUGAGUAAAAUUAAAAAAAUAAUCUCAAUUUACAGCUCACAAGCAUUUGCAAUUAUGCAGUUUGUUAAUACAUUUCUAUUAGAAGAGUAUCAAUAAUUGACUUUAAACCAUUCUCAUGUGAGAAUUUAAAAAAAAAAAUCAUGUGGUCAUUCACGUUAUUUUGUAAUUACAAAAAGAUACAUUAUGACAUCAGAGCGGUUUGGAUGUGUGGCAGAGGUUGCUAACUCAUCAUCCAUCAUCUUAAAUAUGGCUGUCAGCCUUGAUCUGUUUUUUGUUGAAUCAGUACAGGGUAAAAUAAGAAGAGAAUGAGACACAAUAAUGUGGCUGAGAAUAACCCAACCCACAAAUAUGAAAAUAAAGGAAAAUAACAACAUUCCAGUCCAUCCUGGACCUUUAUCAAGUCAUGAAAUUGUCGGAAAAUUGUGUUAUUUUCCCUUCUGUUGUGUGGGUUGGGUUACAAAUAAAAUAAUUAUUAUUUACAGUACAUUUCAGCCCCUGACUGGAAUGAUUAGGAAAGGUUUUACUUGCAACUUUCCUUGAGAACCUGGGUGAAUUAAUCAAAGAUAUUAGGAGAUGAUGAAUUUUAGUACAUGUAUAAUCUCAAAUGUGUAAUUGACUAAGCUAAGGACAGGUCAAGUGAAUUCAAUCUCACAACCUUGACAAGAUGAAACUGAGGGGAUAUGACCACUGCAUUUAAGAGAGUGAGGGGAAUAUAUAAGAAUAGCCCAUUUAAUCUGAGAGAUGCCUGGGUAAAAAGGCAUUGAUGAAAGCUAGCUACGCAAUCAAGUCAGAGAGCUGUAAUGAAAUUCUCUUAACCUGUAUGACAAGUCAGCAAGUGGAUUGCAUUGAAAUAGGUUGUUGAAGUCACAUCUUUCCACAACUUCAAGAAAAAAUAUGACAACUUAAAUGCCGAAAAAUGUAAUGAGCCCACCUUGUAUAAAAGGGUAAGAGGCAUGGCAUAUAGAGCUAGACUCGCUUCACUAUAGUCAUUGAUAGUUUAGCACUAUUACUUCAACUACUGUACCAAUAUACUGUAUUUGCAGCCACAUUUUAUGCUACUGUAUAUAGAACUAAAGUGGCUGUGUAAAUGGGAUUAUGCUUCUAACUUUAAGUUGUUAGUAGUUUCAGAAAGUUAAUGCAUACAAAUUUAACAUACUGUACAUUAUAUUCUUUAUUUUUUUGCUUUGUAUUUUUUAUGUACAUUUGGGCAGGUUUGCACAAUUAGUCUUCGAAAGUACAGUACAAUGUAAUCCUUCUCGAAAGGAUAGUUUCAUGCUGGACCCCCUCUGAUGCAAAAGAACUCCCAUUGCAUCUGACCUUUCUUUGACUCUGCGUUUUUUCAUUUUAUAUUGCAUCUUUUUACUGGAAAAAAAUAAAGCAUGUAUUUUUUGCAUAUUUUGACACAAAUAACUAACCAAAAAGGUUUUUCAAUUAAUAACAUGAAUAUGUAACAAAUUACAGUAUUAUUUUUCACUUACCUAUACAAUAAACAAAAAACAGUUGCCUGGUCACCCUUAAGUGACAGCAUUUGUACCAAUGGAAAUCAUUAAUUUGCUGCUUCCCGACUUUUGAUCAAGCUGGUUCCUUUUGGGCAGGGAAUACACAGUAUUAUGUUACACCAUACAGUUUUUAUUUCAGUAAUAUUCAUGUUUUUCUCUUAUGCUUUCAGAUAGUUUAUUCCCUUAAAAUACUAUUUUGCAUCAGUUUUAUAAUCAUUUUUCUCCAUGUCAUUUGCCCUUCUCUUCCUUAUUUCUAUGGUUUGCAUAAGACUCAUAAACCUGGUGUUCAUCUUCAUCCUAUCAUUUCUUUAAGAAGCUCUAUCAGCUAUCCUAUUUGCUGCCUGGCUUGCCAAAACUCUACCUCCUUAUCUUGGUGCUUUUUCUCCUGCCCACCUCCGUCAGUCUCAGGACUCCUCCAGUCACUCUCAUAGAAAGACUGUGUCUGCAGCUGCAGUCAUGUUAGGAUUCUAAAAUCAUCCUACUGAUUGGUCUUCUAAAAUAAUCUUUUCUGCCUCUACUCUUCACAGACACCUUCUUGUCGAAUUGGCUCUGAUACACAACAUACCCAACAUGACCCUUAGUGCUGGCUUUGUUGCUGUUGAUGUGUCCCUUUCACAGUACAUACUGUACAGUACUUAAAUGCUCUAACUUAAUUAACAAACAUGACCCGACUUAACCCUACCCCACCUUUUUUUUAUUCUCUUAUUCUUACCUUAUCCCAUUCUUAAUUCAUCCCAUUGAAAAUACAACUUGGUAAUGGUCCAGGACGGUAGUUUUUACAUCAUCUGAUGUGUAGUUUGGUCAUCAUAUCUUCAGCCACAUUAUUGUGACUCAUCAUCUGCAUUUCAUAUAGCAGUUCAGUGGACAUCUACCCUUAAUGUUAGUAAAUAUGUAUUGCACAUGUAUAUAAAUACAGGUUCAGUACAGUACUGUAUAUUGAAAUUCACAUUUCAAAAUAUUAGUGUCUGCAUAAUUUUUCUUGCUCAUUAUUUUUCUUUUGCUUCUUUAGUAUGUACACUACAGUAUUAAAUAUAAUGUACUAAUUAACAAGUUCAAUUACUGUAUGUUAUGUUUUAAGAAUAAUCUUUUCAACCAGUAUACUGUAUUUGACAAAUAAAUUGACCUACUGUACAGCACUGUAUAAAAUUUUGCAGUAU